AUGCAGGCAGCAAAAGAAGGUGACAGCCUCGACCGAAAUUAUGAAGGGAAUGAUUUGGAGAAGGAAAUUGUAAAUCUGCGUGGACGCUGGGAACUCGCGUCUGUUCUCAACUUUUUGGAUGUAUUUGGUCCGAUAAUUGGAAAAGAUUUGAAACUCUCUGCUGAGGAUAUUGAGAUUGGGCUUGUUAAGCCUGACGCUUCCCUUGCUCGGCUUCAUAUUCAGCUUUUGAAAUUAUUGAUUGAUGUGUCUGUGCAUGCUAUUGGUAUCGACAAUACGAUGGGGGACUUGUGCAAAUGUAAUUUUUGCAAGGGAAUGCCACCUGUGAGUAAAACGCUAGAGGAUUCUGAUAAGUGGGUGACUGCACUCUGUAAGAAACUUAUUAUGUGGUGGCCAUGGGUUGCUGAGGGGGAGAUUCCACUUGUACCAUCUAAAGGACAUGAGAUAUCCCAGUACAAGGAAAUUGAUCCGUCAGAUCGUUUACUACUGCUAAAAGCGCUUUGUGAAGUUAGAGCUGAUCAACAUGAUGCAGUGUCAUACAUAAAUGAUGCUUUGAAAGAAGGAACUCAAAUUUCAUCUUUUCGCAAAGAUGCCUUAGGAAGAGAUAGAACUGGCACAUCUUAUUGGUAUGAUGCAACUUCAGAAGGUCGUAGUCACAGAUUAUACAGGGAAGUUAUUACAUUAGACUCAAUUCCAAAAGAAAAGGAUGACAGGCGUUUAUCGCUUCCCACUAUUCAAUGGGAAACCCUUGCUUCCAAUCUUGAAGAUUUUUCUAAAGUAGCUGAAAAAUUCUCACUCAGCAAGUCUGCUGUGGAAGUUUCUGUUAGCACAAAGCUUAAGAGCGAUGCUAUUCCUGCUCUUGAAAAGCUUCGGAAGAAGAAAGAAAGAGCAAUAAAGCAAAAACAGAGGCAGGAUAUGCUGUUAAAGGAUGUUCGGAACUCAUAUUGUUCUGGAAAUACACGUGCUUGUCGCACUCGAAGGCCUAUUUGUUAUACAUUUGAAGCUUACGAUCGAACGAUGAAGGAGGCAAUACAGCUGACAAAUAAAAGGAAAAAGACUCCUGUCGCCGACCAAGAUAAAACCAGAGGAUCAGAAGAUCCAUCCAACACGAAAGAUGUUUCAACAGACAGUGAUUCUGAACGGGAUGUUUUGCAAAUAUCUGAUAGUGAUGAUGAUGUUGGUUCUGAAGUUGAGAAUUAUGGUAGCAGCGAGGAAGAUGAUGUUGAUGGUGAGUUGGGCAACUCAGAAGCUCCCUCAAGCCAUGCAGUUUCUUAUCCCAAGGGGGUUCGCUGCAGCAAGCGGCUAGCUGGAAUUCCUAGCCUCGCUAUUUUAGAAAGUAGAGGCUUAACUACAAAGCAAACAUUGAGACAAAGACCCACCCGCAAUUCUGCUUUAGAAUCAAUCAUGAUAUCAGAUUCAGAGGACGAAUAA